AUGGCACGCCCAUUCUCACGCAACGUCCUCCUUUCGCAGACCGGUGACGCCAUCAUCCUCUUCUCGAGCCUGACCUUCUUGGUGGGGCUCUGGUCGCCUCCUCCAUCCGCCGAGGAGGAGAUGCCGCCCGGCGGGUCCUGGCCGGCCAACAUCACGACCGAGGAUGCGCCCUUCGGUGGGCCGUCCAACGCGACGAAGGAGGCGCCGUGCUACGGGUUCUCGUCUCGGAUCAUCGCGACGGGGGACGAGCCGUCUUGGGCCAUGGUGCGUACCGGCGAGGGACCAUGGAAUGAAAGCGAUUCAGAGUCUCCCUGCAUUGAAGUGCCAGUUGAAUCGCUUUCGUACGAGACUACCUUGUAUGUCGCGAUCGGGUCCUUGAUCUACUCUUUCCUGAUGAUCACCAUCGGUUUCCUCUGCAUCGAUGGAGUCCGCACGCGAAGGCGGAAGCUGAUGCUCCCGUGGCUGUGGAUCACGUUCCUGGAGCUGUUGGCCGGGUUCGGGGCCUUCGCCUAUGCGUUCGCCCUGGCGACGACCGGCAUCACGGGCAUCGGCUUCUUGGUCCUCAUCCUCAUUUUCACCGUUUUGUUCUCCAUCGAUGGCUACUGUCUGCUCGUCGUCUACUCCCAUUUCAAGGUACUUCGAGGAUCUCGCAAAUCCCCGGGGAAAAUCCUCCAAGGCAGGAUCCUAGGGGCGGGAUGA